ACGUGUGGUGCGAUUGUGUUUGGCGCCUGAAGCGGGGCGCAUAGUAGUUAGCAAUCUCUAGUCGUCUGCCGAAAACUAGCUACACGUCGACGAAAGAACGCAUGCACUUCCACUCUUAAAAAAGAGAUCAUUCGCAUUCCUACGCCUGUAGCUCUCUCUCUCUCUCUUCGAAGGAGUCGCCGGACUUCAGACGAAAUCACUUCUCAGAAACCGUCACGCGUUGAAACCAUUCCGAUUUCUAUCAUUUUCUCCGUCUUCUCGGGGGAAGGAAACCAAAAUAUCGGAUAAUUCCAGUCGAAAUCUCGACGACGAAAUUUCUCCGGCUUGUUUUGGACGGAAAAAACGACGGACUUUCCGACAGGAAUUUCAUAUUCCGGCGUUUUUACCGGAAAGUAGCUACGAUUUGAACUAUCGGUGCUGGGAAAGAUCUGGUUUUACAGCAGAAAUCUGACAUUUCCGGCGCGUUUAGCUCCUUCCUUCGCCUGAAGUCGGCAGAGGCCUUCUUGAGAGGAGUAAAAGGCCAACGGUGUGGUUGGGCAUCGCCAACGUGAAUGGUUGACUGCUACAAUAAAGCUCCUCUGUUGGGUAAUCCUACCCAUCAGAUUCUAGGCCUGCAAUGGCAAAAGGCGCCAAUAUCAGUUACUAGUGAUUAUUUGGAAUAACAUGGAAAAGAGAUAGAUAAAUAGACGCAUGUAUCCGAUGAAGGCCAUAAGAUUGUGGCAAUCACUGUCAAGAAGCAGCACAUUCUCAUCGGAUGGGCAAAGAAUGCAGGCAAUCCAUGGCGUUAAGAUGAGAUUGCUGCAGUUCAUGGGAAUUUUAUGUACAGUCAUGUUUUACAUUGUAUAUAGGACCACAAAAUGUCAGUAUCAGCAUGCAAAGAUGGAAGCGAGAUUACAUCCCUUUGACUCAGUAAUGGUGAACCCUGAAUCUCAUUUUCAGAUGGAAGCGAGAUUGCAUCCCUUUGAUCCUUUUUUUGGCCCAUUUGCUCUGCUUCAGGAAUCUCAUGAAACUUCUGUUAAGGUGGAUCAUUUACCUCGUGGAAUAGUUGAAGCAAGUUCUGAUAUGGAAUUAAAGCCUCUAUGGUUGACAAGGGGUGCAAAGUUAAAGGAUAGUGACCAGAUUCAUCAGAACCUAUUGGCAAUUCCUGCUGGUAUUAAACAAAAACAAAAUGUGGAUGCCAUUGUUCAGAAGUUUUUUUCAGAGAAUUUUACAGUUAUUCUCUUCCACUACGAUGGUAAUGUGGAUGGUUGGCAUGAUUUCCACUGGAGUAACAAGGCAUUACAUAUAGUUGCUCGUAACCAAACCAAAUGGUGGUUUGCAAAGCGUUUUCUACAUCCAGAUGUUGUAUCUACUUAUGAUUAUAUAUUCAUUUGGGAUGAAGAUUUGGGAGUAGAGAAUUUCCACCCAGGAAGGUACUUGAAAAUUAUGCAAUCAGAAGGAUUGGAGAUAUCUCAACCAGCUUUAGACCCAAAUUCAUCAGAAAUACAUCACAGUAUCACUCUCCGCAAGAAGAGGAGGAAGGUUCAUAGAAGAAUCUAUGAUAAGCGAGGGAGUGUAAGAUGUUCAGAAGCCAGUCAGGAACCCCCAUGCACAGGAUGGGUGGAGGGGAUGGCACCAGUAUUUUCAAGAGCUGCUUGGCGGUGUGCCUGGCAUCUUAUUCAGAAUGAUCUCAUACAUGGAUGGGGAAUGGAUAUGAAACUUGGUUAUUGCGCUCAGGGUGACCGGAGAAAGAAGGUGGGCGUCAUUGAUAGUGAAUUUAUCUUCCAUCAAGGAAUACAGACUUUGGGUGGAUCAUCAGGAAAAAAGGCAUCCAAAGUCAUACAGCCUUCUGUAGACACUGCACAGAGACUACGCAGGCCAGCACUCGACUUGCGCUCAGAGAUCCGGAAGCAGUCGGCAUCUGAGCUGGGGAUUUUCCAGAAGCGGUGGGACCGGGCUGCCAGUGAAGACAAGGACUGGGUCGAUCCGUUCCGAGGCCGCACCAAAGGAAGUCAAAGCCAGACGCACAACCUUCUCUGAUAUCCAACAAGUUGGUUGUAUUAUAUUUCCUCUAUUUGUAUCAAUCCUACUAGUAAAUUUCCUUUCCUUCUGUAGCUUAUACCAUGUAAUUAGCUUAUAAAUAUGUUAUCAAAUUCAUAAAAAAUGCUCCAAUGAUGUCAGAGGGCUGUAAGUCAUAGUUCCUCCUAGUUGCAUUGGGACACUAAGUCCAAUACACUGAUCCAGAACCGUUCAUUAUAUCCAACACACAUUUCAUAGGCGACCAUGACAACGUCACAGUAAUGUGACAAAUAUUAACUAUUUGAUUGAUGGACUCUAAUAUGGACGGUCAGAAUUGUCUACACAAAAAUAGGUCCAAUCAACAAUUUGAUCUAUGUAAUUGUCUACACAAAAAUAGGUCCAGUCACCAAAAAGAAAAA